AUGGUAGAGUACCCGGCGUGUAACCCGACUACAACCGAAGCACCUGGGGUAGUGACUUCACCCGGUUAUCCAAUGAAUUACCCGGAUAAUACAAGAUGUUCUGUGCUGAUUCAGGCACCGCCAGGAUACACGGUACUCUUCACCUUCAUUGACAUCGAUAUCGAAACCCACAUCGACUGUCUAUAUGAUUGGAUCGGUCUCUUCGAUGGUCCAAACGAUGGCUACCCUCCGCUCGGUUACUACUGUCAAUCCGCAGCUGUUCUACCGAAACUAUCCCAUAGCCCUUACAUGACGGUCAUCUUCUCCUCAGAUGGGUCCAUAAAUCAUCGAGGUUAUCAGGCAACAUUUGACUUCGUCCAAGAGAGCGAUGGAAGGUGCAAUACUAUGCUGACGACAGCGCCUAGAGUGGUGACAUCGCCCAACUAUCCAAGUGACUAUCCCGUCAACACUAAAUGUGUCUAUCACAUACAGGCUUCUGUUGGAGAAACUGUAGAACUCUUAUUUCUCGAAAUGAACAUCGAGAGCCACGAUACUUGCUUCUAUGAUUCGGUGAUCGUUUACGAUGGAGCAGAUGAUCUUGCACCCGAAAUCGGACCAUGGGGUGGUUUCUGUGGAGAGGUGAUACCUAAUGAUACACUGACAUCGACAAAUCGCUACAUGACAAUUGUUUUCUCUUCGGAUAGUUCAGAGACUGCAAAGGGAUUCAGGGCUGUAUACUUCUUUCGAGAAUUUUCAGAUGAACAUGCUUUGUUGAACGUCUCAUCAAACAUCUCAGCUGAUGAAAUCCUUGAUACAUUCUGUCAUUGUGACGAUGUUUGCGUCUGGUUUGAAGACUGUUGUCACGGCGUACUUCCAUUGAACAAUCACACCAGGAACACCACGAUGGUAACAAGGAACCUCCCAGCAUUCGAUCUAUGGCGAUGCACGCAAAUCUGGAUGAUUACCAACUACUCGAAGGACGCAAUGGUCGACUACCUACUCGUGAGUGCUUGCCCGAGUUGGUGGUCGAAUGACGAGAUUAGAAUGCUUUGUGAGAAUCCAGAUCCGGAUGUUGUCGAAGUUGUGCAAGUGGCCGAAGCUGGCACGGAUGGACUUCCGAUCUUCUAUCGAAGCUCUGCAUGUGCUACUUGUAACGAAAUCACAGGAACUAACUGGACGUUGAAUCGAUACAUGGAAUUGUGGACAUGCAGUGUGUCUGAUGGAGUAUUUCAGAACUCUUCCUUAGGUCACCUCCAUGUAGAUGGCAAUGCAGAGGAAGAAAGGCCGAUUCUCUGUGGUAUCUUGGUGGAACAGAAUGGAAGUUCUCCUUCACCCAGAGAAUGUAUAUCACCGAAUAAUAUUAUACGGUCAUGUGCAGCGAACAAUAAUUCUCACAAUGACACAUUGUUGGAGCUAUGUCAGGCAGAUGUUGGUCGUGUGCACUUUGAAGGAUCUGUGUAUUGGAACGAGUAUUGUUUGAUGUGUAAUCAGGAUGAUAAUUAUUCCAUUAACCAAACUACCAGUCUAUGUCCUCGGACAUUAACGAAUAAUCAAACAGAACUUAUCUUUUAUUUAUUGGAAAAAAAUGUAACUAUUGACAACUCCUUUGUACCAGUAGCAUUCCUUCCAUCCAACUUGGUUCUGGGGUUUACUUGCCCUGAUGGCUUUUCAAAUCAGGAUGGUCGUUGUAUUCCAAUACCAGCGAGCUGGCCACCGUGCGUGUAUGAAAGGUGGAACGUUACCUACGCUUAUACCUCAACAUACACGAAGUCUUUUUGUUACAACAUGUCAGGUACUUUCGCUCAUUUUGGGAUUGGAUUGAAUUAUGUGGGUAUCGAUAUAGAUCACAAUAUAAGUUUGAUCAAAGAAAUCUACUCCCUCAAUAACAGCCAGGGGUUCCUUGCCGUCAAGAUCAGGACACAGUAUUGGAUCGACAUCGAAUUCACCCCACAGGAUUCUUGUUCUGACUUCCAAUUUGAUUUCAUAGAGGGUUGUGCAUUCAUCCCCUCCAGAGGUAGCAUUAAUGUAUGUCCGUUUGAUGAAUUCAACGAUGAUUACACCCUUUUCCAGCCAUUGCGAUCUGGUAAUCUGACCCUGGUUCGGUACAAUGGUAGCUACAUAGUACCGCUAUUUUACAGGAAGAGGACGAUCUAUGAUGUCAAUGGAACAUCAGGCCUUUACUCUUCUCGCCACGUUCUCAUGGUUUGUGGUGCCAUCCACCCUUUCCAAGACUGUUUGUCUCGUGUGAUACAGCCUGGUACGUUCAUCAUAACAAGUGAGAACAAUCUAGUCUUUGAAAGACUUAUCUUUCAACCAUCCGAUUACACCCUUCAAGAAGAUGGCUCGGUAAAACUAUGUUGGUCUGACGAUGUGUCUUUCUUUGACUUCACCCACGCUCAGUACCUGGUUUCUAAGUUUGCUUUUGGGAUAUCCUCCAUGUGUCUCUUGGCCACCGUGGUUAUUUACUUGACUUUUCCUUCUCUCAGGAAUAUCCAAGGUUUAAUCAUGAUACACUUCCUCAUCACUCUUACCCUCUCCCAAGUUGUAAUCGAGUAUGGUACAACAUACUUGACGACGUGGCCCGCUCUCUGUCAAACCAUUGCAAUCUUGGGUCAUUUCUUCUUCCUGUCGUCCUUCUUUUGGACCAACGUACUAGCCUGGAAUCUGAAAUGUGCUCUUGUCGAUGCCCUAAAAUCCAAUUCAAAUGUACAUGGCGUUUGUAGGAGAAUGUACAUCUUCUAUGGAUACGCCGUUGGAAUACCGGCCAUCGUUGUCUUAGGAAGCGUUGUUGUGCACUUCGCCUCCGCUGAUAAAUCUGGAGCCAUCUUCCUGCACUACGGAGGAACACGACACUGUUGGAUCUACCCAAUGAGUGCCAAUCUCGUGGUGAUGCUUGGACCGAUGGCAGUUUGCCUUCUCAUGAACCUCAUCCUGUGCGGCUGGAUCAUUUUUGGGUUUCGUAAAAACAUGAGGCAGGCAAGCACUCUCCGAAAAAGCAACACGAGGCAGUCACAGAUGGAAGCAAUUGUUUACCUGAAGAUCUCCGCUCUCCUUGGAUUUGGGUGGAGCUUUGGGUUCAUUGCAGCUAACACCCAUCAUCAGUCCCUCUGGUAUAUCUACAUCGUCAUCAAUUCUUUGCAGGGGGUCGUCAUCUUUGUUGCCUUCGGGAUGAAUCGGAGGGUCAGGAAACUCAUCUAUGAUCGUUCGAGACGACAGAGUAAUACUAGUAGCACACGAAAUGCCGACAAUGACAAGUGAGGAUAGAACUUCUCUAUACGAGGCUUCACAUUUACAGAGGAUUUUUCUGCCAGAAAGGGACAGAUU